CGCGUUGAGGUCAACGAAGACAAUGUUGCAUUGCCAACCACACACAGGAAAUAUGGGCAGCAAAUCAUAGUCAUGGUCAGCGGAACACCACGUGUAGACGCAUCCAUGUCCCUACCGACGAUACUGUACACACACAUCCUGCCUGCCUGCCUGCCUGUCUGCCUGUCUGCCUGCCUGUCGAUGGAUCGAUCUUUCUGCAUGCAUCUCGGCUCCAUCGUCGGACCACGCCGCAUUCUGUAAGUGCCCCCGACCGACAGCAGCAGACGGCCGGCGGAUUUGUCUGUCGUCAUGCUGGAUCUCUCCACAAGUUGGUGGACUUCUUGUCCGUGUCGACGCCGUGCACCACUAUGCUGCUCACCACGUUCACACAUCACAUAGACACAGACACAGGUGUCAAGCCGCUGGUUUGCCUUGUGUGGUGGAUCGCUUCUCUCACCUGAACGCAGCGCUGCCGAGGACGGCCGUGGCGAAAAAGUUGGCCGACUCACGACCAACUACCGAACUGCACACACACACACACAAACACACCGGACUACACACCAGACAACCCCACUUGGAGACCAUUCGUCUGUGUGUGAGUGUGUGUGUGGGGGUUUUCUCCCUCACACGAGUGCGCCGGCCACAGCCCCUCCAGUGCCGGCGUCCAGCGGGUAGGGCACCCCGAUGCGCCGCAGAGCACAUGACAUGAACGACGUCACAACUGAGCCAACGCACACAACCGUCCAUCAAACACACAGACAAUCCGACAAUAAAGCAGCCUGUCUUGUCUGCAGUGCGUCUGUGUGUGUUUGGCUGUUGGAUGGACAGAUGACUUACAGCACCAAGAUCCGAAGUACAGGGCGGUCUUGCCCGUCAGCAGACUCCGACGGCCAAUCCACCGCACGCCGCGCAACACUGACGAGUGUGGGUGGAUCUUGCCCGAAGAGGGCGGCCGAGAUGAUGACACGCCUGCACUCGGCUGCUGAUGAGUGGGAGUGGCAUUGCUGCUGCUGCUGCCAGGUUUGCGCUUGGGUGUGUGGAGUUCUUUGGCGAAUAGAAUGCCGAAGACUGUGCCCGAUACGAUGCCGCGGAAGAAGGACUCGACGCUGCCGUCCAGACAGGCCACCUCGGGCGGCACCACCACCAGCGACAUCGAUUCUAUGGAUAGACGAUGAAAUGAGAGGAGGAGAUGAGAUCUCAACUCACUGCCAACUUCUCACUGCCCGCUGAAGGACGGACAAUGUCAUGUUGAUGAUCUCUUCUCAGGUCACUCUUCGUG